AUGCCACUUUGGGUGUUUUUCAUUGUGAUCCUGGCCCUCAGCGGCAGCUCCCACUGUUCGCCGACCCCCUCCCUGCCCCUCAGGAUGCGGCGCUACGCAGACGCCAUCUUCAGCAACAGCUACCGGAAGGUGCUGGGCCAGUUGUCUGCCCGGAAGUUGCUCCAGGACAUCAUGAACAGGCAGCAGGGAGAGAAGAACCAGGGGCAAGGAGCAAAGCUGCGGCCCGGCCGGCAGCUGGACUACAUACGGGCAGAUCAAAAGCAGGUGGCGUUCGAGAGCAUCCUGGAGGCCCUACUGCAGAAGCACAGGUUGUGUGUGUGUGUGUGUGUGUGUGUGUGUGUGUGUGUGUGUGUGUGUGGACAGGAAAGGAUCUUUCCUUCUCCACAAGUCUGCAGCUUUGCCAUAGAAACACAGAAAUGA